AUGUUGAUAGACGGCGAGAAGUAUGCUUGCGAGGCCUGCGUUCGUGGCCAUCGUGUGAGCAACUGCCAGCAUUCCGAUCGGCCGCUUCAGCACAUCAACAAGAAGGGCCGGCCGGUGUCGCAAUGCCAGCACUGUCGCACCAUGCGCAAGUCCCGCUCCGCCCACGUCAAGUGCGACUGCGGCGAGAAGACGACCAAGUGUGCCCACCUGCAGCAGCCACUCGAGGGACACAAUGAAACCUGCUGCUGCAACCACGGCGGUCGCUGCACCUGCUCUCUCAAGAAGGAAGCCUCUCUCGACACCGUCCCAGAGUCCGAUUCAGACCUCGAGGCCCUGCUCCUCUCGGGCGCCUCGAAGCCGAAGCUGAAUGCCAGGCGCCGCCGGGCCAACACGGUGCACUCGGACGGUGCCCUGGCCUUGAGCCGGAACGGUCAUCACAAGCCGAUGGGCUCCAAGCACAACCGAGCCGCCCAGAAAUGUGGCCCGUACCAGAUCAGCCGCGUCAACUCUGCGGCGAGCACGGGCAGCCUCGUCGCCGCUGCCGAGAGCCUGCCCUACGCCGAUGUCGAGGGUCGGCCACGGUCCAACACGACGCUUGCCCACGAGCAGCGGAGGGUCAAGUCCGAGACGGCGUCCCCGCUCAUGUCCGGCUCGGCCUUCCCUCAGCUCCACGCCGGCGCCCUUCCACCGUUGGACAUGUCUCGGAUCGAUUACGUUUCGUGCCUCGGCGGUGGCACCUUCGAGAUGUUCUCGGGCCUUCCCCCCGAACCGGAGGGCGGCCCGAUAUACAGCGCCGGCCUGAGCGCGACGCCCGUCGACUGGAGCCACUAUGACCUCGCCCGGACAAAGGGAGACUUUGCUCCCUCCAGCUACAGCCAGGCCGGCGCUCGAAGCUUCAACGGCCUCUUGGACUUUGGCAGCGGCUCCGAGCAGCUCCCCCGGCUCGCCAACACGACCUCCACGUCGGGCGAAGUGUCCGAGGUGGAAGACCUGAUGGGCAACGGAGACGGCGACUUCGACGGCUUCCGAACCGCCACCGGCGGUUUCCUUCGCCAGGGCAACGUCAUCGGCAACGCCGUAGAUCUCACCAGCAUCGACUACGACAGCUUCUACAGCAACAAGAACUCGGAUGCCACCAGCGCGCCUGCCACGGCCAUCUCCAUGGUCGAAGAGGAUCCGGCCUUCUGGAUGCCCAACUACAACGAUGGCAUCGCGACGAUGGAGGAGAACCCGGAUGCCCUCGCCGCCUCCUCGAUGGGCACUUUCUGGGAGAUGUGA